AUGACAAAGAUCAAAAGGAAAGAACUUGGAAUAUCUUGUACAUUGAACACAGAGGUAGGAGCUGUUUUAGCCGUGAUUCGUCGUUCCCCUGAAGGAAAUUUGCAUUUCUAUCAUCCCCCUGAAGAAAACUAUGAUUCACAAAUAUCACAUUCAUUGAAAUCACUAAGAUCACUCAUCUUUAAUCCACAACAAGAAUGGUUAACAAUAGAUCCUAUGAUAUACCUUUCGCCUUUUCUUGAUGUCGUACAAAGUGAUGAUGUUCCUUCUGCAGCAACAGGAGUCGCUUUAUCAUCUAUCCUUAAGAUCCUCAAGCUUGAAAUUUUUUAUCACAAAAGUCCAGGAGCAAGAGAAGCUAUUAAUUCAGCAGUCACUGCUGUUACCGGUUGUCGUUUGGAAAAAACUGAUCCUGUUUCUGAAGAUGCUGUUAUGAUGAAAAUUUUGCAGGCUUUGACAGCAAUUAUGAGCCAUCCUUCUUCUGUUUUGCUCACGGAUCAAUCUGUUUGCACUGUUGUGAACACAUGUUUUCAAGUAGUUCAGCAGUCAGCUAACCGGAGUGAUUUGCUUCAGCGUAGUGCUAGAUAUACAAUGCAUGAGCUGAUACAUGUAGUAUAUCAGAGUUUGCCUGAAAUAGAGGUGAAAGAUUGGGAAGAUUCGGAGUCAGAUACCGAGGAUGGGAACUUGGAUUCGGGGUAUGGGAUUCGUUCUGCUGUUGAUAUAUUUCAUUUCUUGUGCUCGUUGCUCAACGUAGUUGAAGUCAUGGAGACUGAUGGAAGUACAUCUCAAACUUCUGAUGAAAAUGUUCAGCUUUUCGCUUUGGUUUUGAUCAAUUCUGCUAUAGAAUUAAGUGGUGAUAGCAUCGGUAAGCAUCCAAAGCUCUUGAGAAUGAUUCAAGAUGACCUUUUCCAUCAUUUGGUUCAUUAUGGAACGUCCUCGAAUCCACUUGUAUCCUCCAUGAUUUGCAGCAUUGUGUUAAAUAUUUAUCACUUUCUUCGCAGGUCGGUUCGUCUUCAAUUGGAAGCUUUUUUCUCAUUUGUGUUGCUUAAAGUGGCAAGCUUAGCGAAUUCGCUUCAACUUCAAGAAGUAGCAAUUGAAGGAAUAAUAAAUUUUUGCAGACAACCAAGUUUCAUAGUUGAAGUCUAUGUAAAUUAUGAUUGUCAUCCCAUGUUCAAAAAUGUUUUCGAGGAGAUUGGAAAGUCUCUUUGCAGGCAUGCAUUUCCUACUGGUGGCUGUUUGACAAGUUUACAAGUUCAAGCCUUUGAAGGACUAGCAGUGAUUAUCCAUAACAUAGCUGAUAACGUUGACAAGGAAGAUGAUUCGACACCUUCUGGACCGUAUCCUGUUGAGAUAUCCGAGUAUAGACAAUUCUGGGAAGAGAAGCCGAAAGAAGAUGAAGAAGACUUAGAGAAUUGGAUAGACUUUAUUAGAGUGAGAAUUGCACAGAAAAGAAAGAUACUUAUAGCUGGGAAUCACUUCAGUAGAGAUGAAAAGAAGGGACUGGAGUACUUGAAACUUUCCCUGUUGAUCCCUGAUCCUCCUGAUCCGAAAGCCUAUGCCAUGUUUUUUCGGUAUACACCAGGUCUAAACAAGAUUGCAAUUGGUGAUUUUCUUGGUGAUCCUGAUGAUUUCUACCUCCAAGUCCUUAAAGAAUUCACGGAAACAUUUGAGUUUAUGGGAAUGGUUCUGGAUACUGCUUUGAGAACUUAUCUAGAGACUUUUAGAUUGCCUGGGGAGUCGCAGAAAAUUCAAAGAAUACUUGAAGCAUUUGCUGAAAGGUUUUUUGAUCAGCAAUCCUCGGAAAUAUUUGCGAGCAAAGAUGCAGUGUUCAUCCUUUGUUAUUCAGUAAUCAUGCUUAACACUGAUCAGCAUAAUCCACAAGUGAAGAAGAAAAUGACAGAAGAUGAAUUUAUUAGAAACAAUAGAGCAAUUAAUGGAGGACAAGAUCUUCCGAGGGAAUAUCUCUCGGAGCUUUUCCAUUCCAUUUCAGUCAAUGCAAUCACAUUGUUUGGUUCAUCUGGUGCUCCUGUGGAGAUGAAUCCUAGCAGAUGGAUUCAGCUAAUCAAUAAAUCAAAGAAGAUGAAACCUUUCAUAUUCAGCAAUUUUGAUCGACGACUAGGACGAGACAUGUUUGCCUCUAUUGCUGGUCCAACUGUUGCUACACUUGCAACGAUCUUCGAACAGUCUGACGAAGAAGAGAUCCUUCAUGAAUGUGUUGAGGCUUUGUUUUCAAUUACUCGAAUAACACAAUACGGGCUUGAGGAUACUCUCGACGAGCUUCUCUGUUCAUUCUGCAAAUUUACUACAUUACUAAAUCCUUAUGCAUCUUCAGAAGAAACGUUGUAUGCAUUCAGCAAUGAUAUGAAGCCAAGAAUGGCAACUCUAGCAGUUUUCACCAUUGCAAAUGACUUCAAAAAGUCCAUCAGGGGAGCUUGGAGAACCAUUGUGGACUGUUUGCUGAAACUAAGAAAGUUAAAGCUGCUUCCACAAUCUGUUGUUGAACCUGAAAAUGCUUCAAACUCAUCAUCCAACCCUCCAGGAGUACAUGAAAGAUGUGCAUCAGGGGUGGUUUUUCCUACUCAAGAUGUUAAAUUUGGCAGCAAAGUGCAUAAUUCCGGCAUAAUUGGACGAUUUUCACAUUUUUUGUCCAUGGAAAGUGUAGAAGAAUCCUUGAACCUGGGGGUAAGUGAAUUUGAACAGAAUCUGAAAGUUAUUCAGCAGUGCCGCAUAGGGAGCAUCUUUAGCAAUAGCUCGAGUUUACCUGAUGAACCGUUGCUGAAUCUAGGCCGUUGUCUGAUAUUUGCUGCAGCUGGUAAAGGCCAAAAGUUCAGCACCCCAAUUGAAGAGGAAGAAACUGUUGGCUUCUGUUGGGAUUUAAUUGUUAGCAUUGCUUCAUCCAAUACUCACAGACUCUUGGUCUUUUGGCCUCAUUACAAUGAAUAUCUACUUGAUGUUGCACAGUUUCCCUUAUUUUCUCCCAUCCCAUUUGCGGAAAAGGGUAUCAUCGCCCUUAUGAAGAUUUGUCUCAAGCUCUUGUCUUCCUUUCACUCAGACAAAAGUCCAGAGGAACUCAUGUUUAAAUCAAUAAAUUUGAUGUGGAAGCUGGAAAAAGAAAUUCUUGAUACUUGUUGUGACUUCUUAGUACAGUCUGUCACCACAAUCCUCACUGAGUAUCCUGCGAAUCUCCAAUCUCAACUAGGAUGGAAAACAGUCAUGCAUUUGCUAUCCGUCACAGGGCGACAUCCAGAAACCUAUGAGCAAGGAGUUGAGGCCCUUAUAAAUUUAAUGUCAGAUGGUUUCCACAUUUCAAGAUUGAACUACCCUUAUUGUAUAGAUUGUGCAUUUGGUUUUGUCGCAUUGAAAAACAGCCCUUUAGAAAAGAACAUGAAGAUCAUGGAUUUGAUGUCAGAUACUGUGAAUUUGUUAGUUCAGUGGUAUAAAAGUGGAUAUACAGAUCCAGGGAGCUCGACGAGUAUAAAUAGUAGUGCAAGCAGUUGUUCUCUUGAAGAAAGUUUAAAAGCUCUUAGCUCUUCUAACUUAACAGUCACCUAUUUUGCUAAACUAGGGGAAGCAUUCAGAAAGACUAGCUUAGCCAGAAGAGAAGAGAUAAGAAACCACGCGGUCAUGUCUUUACAGAAAAGUUUUGCACUUGGCGAAGAGUUAUACUUUACACCAGCCAACAUUCUUAGCUGUUUCAACCUCAUACUCUUUGCAAUGGUUGAUGAUUUGCAUGAGAAGAUGUUGGAAUACUCUAAAAGGGGUAAUGCAGAAAGGGAAGCAAGAAGUAUGGAAGGAACUCUUAAGCUAUCGAUGGAGGUUCUAACAGAAGUUUAUUUACAAUUCUUGAAACCAUUAUCAGAAAGUCCUAGUUUUAGGGCCUUUUGGAUGGGAAUCUUGAGAAGAAUGGAUACAUGCAUGAAGGCUGAUUUAGGAGAUUGUGGUGAGUCAAAACUUCCACAUACUAUCCCAGUCUUGUUGAAAAAAAUGGUUAUCACAAUGAAGCAAAAGGAGAUUUUAGUUCCUGGAGAUGAUGAAGACUUGUGGGAAAUGACACAUGUUCAGAUACAAUGGAUUGCUCCAUCACUUACAGAAGAACUAUUUUCAGAUGUUUGA